UUACAAAAUUCACUGUCCAAAACUUUAGUACACUUCUAUCCAUUUGCGGGUAGGUUAAAAGACAACACCUGCAUCGAGUGCAGCGAUGGGGGAGCUUAUUUCAUAGAAGCCCGGAUCAAUUGCCAGCUCUUUGACUUCGUCAAGGAACCUGAUCCAAACUUUUUUAGCCACCUUCUUCCCACUAGUGUUCCUAAAGGUGCUGAGUUAGUCGGGAAAGUAGUUUUGCUCAUUCAACUGACGGUUCUCAAAUGUGGAGGAACUGCUGUUUCUGUUUGCGCCUCUCACAAGAUUGCAGACGCAUCAUCUAUGUGUGAAUUCAUCAAGAGCUGGGCAGCCAUGGCUCGUGAUCAUGAUGAAGUUGUGCAUCCAGAAUUCAUCGGAGCGUCUAUGAUGCGACCCACAACGGAUCCGUCUAUCGAGGGCAGGUUGGAAGCCCCAGGUGAAAGUUUCAUCACAAAGAGGUUCGUGUUUGAUGUCUCAAAGUUGGCCAAUCUGAAAGCGAAAAUUGGCAGUGGAGUUCCACAACUUGUCCCCACAACUAUUGAACUUGUUUCUGCAAUUUUCUUGAGAUGUGCUAUCGCAGCUUGUCAAUCCACAACAGGGUGCUUAAAACCGUUGCUAUUUUACCAAACUGUGAACUUGCACAUGAGAAUGGUGCCGCCGGUGCCAGAAGCUGCCAUCGGAAAUCUCAUUUGGGGUUUCCCGUGGUAG